UCCUUUAACACUCGGGAAACUUCUUGAAUUCAGUAUGUAAAUAAUUGUUUAAUUAAUGACUUACAAAAGACAAUCAAAUCAACCAAAAAAACAACAAAAUAUUUGUACACAUUACAGUGUUAGUAUCGUGCUGCUGCCUAUUGCAACGGGAAGAAGUAUUGUAUGGGACUAAACCCUGAUAGCUGAAUUGAAUCAGACUUGGAGGCAUGUGCUUCAUUACUGUACAGAAUGAUACUGUCUGUUAUUGUGCAGCUCAGCUGGUAAUAGAUUCCCCUUCUCUUUGCCAGGACGAGAGUAGUUCCAUGGCCUGGGCUCCAUGUACUGCCGUGGAGCCGAUGCUGUCAUUCUCACUUAUGACGUCGCAAAUUGGCAGAACUGGAAGACAGGUUCUUGGCAGUGACUGACACCGCAAAGCCGGAGUGUAUUUUUGCCAUUGUUGGAAAUAAAGUAGACCUGAUGGAUGACUGUGCCUUGUUUAAAGAGGCAGAAGGAGAUGAGAGCCCAGUUCAGACUAUGGGCAGCCCCAGACUGCGGAAGCAAGUGCACAUGGAGGAUGCCGUCAUGCUGUAUAAAAGGAUUCUGAAGUACAAAAUGCUAGAGGAAAAGGACUGCCUCCCUGCAGAGAAGAUGUGCUUCGAGACCAGCACCAAAACAGGAUGUGGCCCGUGGUUCCGUUUGCUCAACUUGGGUCUUCAGGAAUGUGAUGCUGAAUCGUUUAGUCUUCUUAGGAAGAGCAGAGGAAUAGAUUUUGGUUCAAACCAAAAGUCAAAGACACUACUAAGGAAAAAUCCUACUGUAUUUCUUCUGUUUUGAAGGAUUAAAUCAAAUCAACAAACAAACAAAAUGACAUGUUUCAGCAUGCCUGUGCCUUCAUCACAUGCUUUGUUUGUUUGUUUGUUCUUUUAAAAAGUUUGAUACUAAUAAAAUGAAUAGACUCUUCUUGGAAAUAAGUGGUCAUGUCCAUCUUUU